AUAGGCAGAGGGGUCUGAGUGGGAAGAGACAGAGGUGGUGGGAGCAGUGGGCUCUGCCUGUCCCCACCCCCACCUGGGGCCUCAUACCAUCCCACUAUCAUGGGUAGUGCCUACCACUGGGAGGCCCGGCGCCGGCAGAUGGCUUUGGACCGAAGGAGAUGGCUGAUGGCCCAGCAGCAGCAGGAGCUGCAGCAGAAAGAACAGGAACUGAAGAAUCACCAGGAGGAAGAACAACAAUCGGAGGAAAAACUCCAGCCACCUAAGAAGUUAAAUGUGCCGCAACCACCAGUGGUGAAAUUGUGGACAUCACAGGAGCAACCACAGCCAUCACAGCAGCAGCCAUCAGUGCAGCCACCAUCGCAACCACCACCACAGCCAUCAACAUUGCCACAGGCACAGGUGUGGCCAGGGCCACAGCCACCACCUCAGCCAACACAACCAAGUGCUCAAGCCCGUUGUACUCAGCACACCUCCAAAUGCAAUCUCCAGGAUUCCCAAAGGCCAGGUCUCAUGAACCCAUGCCAAUCUAGCCCCAUCAGAAACACUGGGUAUUCACAACUCAAGUCUACCAAUUACAUACAGCAGUGGUGAUCCAGAGAUCGAACCCAGGACCCCAUGGCCAUCCCCAAAAUGCAGAUGAGCAACCACAUCUUCUCAGCAUCCAGCAAUAUCUCCACUCCAAAAGCCACCCACUCUAGAAGAGGAGGCUGCCAGGAAUAAAAUGUAAUUUUUUUCCUGGGAGGAA